UGUGCGCGCAUAGGCUCAACGCACCAGCUCCUAACUCGGCGCUGAGAGAAGCGUCCUGCAGUACCUACCGAAGAUAAACCAAGUUGUCCUGGGGCUGCGCUUUGAAGAGCAGCUCCGGGGCGCGAGAGGAAGGCUGCUACAAAGAGAAAUUAUGGUCUGCGUAUGAAAAUUUUAUCUGUUAGAAUCGAUCAGAACCGAAUUUAAUUGGGAAUCCUACAAUUAUGAAAAAUGAAUUAAACUGAAGAGGACCUCCUUAAAAAUAAAACCAAGACAAUUUUACAGAUUACAAGAAUGACAGGACAGAAAGAAUAAAAAAUGAAUGUGGAGAAAGUAGAGGAAAAAGUCUUGCAGUCACCUUUAAUCAUCAGGGAUGAAAAUGGCAACAGAUGUGUGAGUAACACCAUUGGAUCUUUGAAUGAAAGCACUAUUAGUCAUCCUCACCAAGGAGUAGAACAUGAAGGCUGUACAAUAUUUAAGGAUGCAACUGGGCUCAAAACCAUUGCUUCAACUCCAUGCAUUGAAGAGCAAGACUUGCAGAAAGCUCCCAGUGAUUAUAUUUGCAUGGGGACUUCAGACCCAAAGGCCACACAGUGCUCUUUUUCAAAGGAACAAUUUUACAUGGAUGCCAUGAAUCAGACUUUCCUGGAGUCAGAGGGUUGUGGCAAAGAAAGCCUUGCAAAGGAACCUUUUCAGAAUUGUAGUAGUAGGAAAUCAAUGUCUUAUUGCCAGACAGAUCUCAUGAAUUUAGUGCCCCUUGCCUCUAAGGAAAGGAGCACUACUGAAACACAAUAUGAAUUAGGAAGUGCCCAAAUAGAACAGGAAGAUGCUAAUACAAAUUUAAUUACAAUGAUAAAUUUGGGGGAUACAAUAAGUAAAUGUUAUGAGGUAGCAGUCAGUCCUAGGGAAUUAGGUGAAACUUUCAUCUGUGAAUACUCUGACUCUCCUAGCCUACAAGUUUUCAUCAAUUCAAAUGCACCAGAUAUGUAUCAAGAUAAGGGUGUGCAAUCUAUUUCGCUUUCAAUGGCAGCAGACGAGGUCACUAAUUAUAUUGAUUUAGUUUCACAGAAUAGUGAACAGCCUGAAAAGCAAGGACAGCAGGAUGCUGGUUCUUACAGUAAGCAAUUAUCAGAACCAGAACAGUUUGAUAUGUGCAAAGUCAAAUAUAGGAAAUAUAUGCAUAGCACUCCUGAACAAGAUGAAAAUAAAUGGAUGGCUGGGGCUAGUAUAGAUGAUGACAUACAUGAUGUUUGCCGUUUAGCCAUUGAAACCUUUGAUGAGCAUUCUGAACAGGAAUUUUGUGAAGAUGAAGUGCACAUGACCAAAAUCCAGACUCUUUUCAAAGAAAAUGAAGCCUUGUUGAAGGGACCUAGUGAAAUACCCAAGCAAAUACAAAAUGAUACACCAAAGGCAGAAAGAGUUGCUCUGUCUGAGCACAACUGUCAAUCAACUUUCAUUGUUUAUAGCUCUCCAGCCAAUGAACAUAGCUUGACCUCGCCGCCUCCUGUGGGGUCAAAAAAUGCAACUUUUGCUGUAGUUUCCAUGCGAGAUGAUCCUGGUGAGGGAUCUAAACCUGGAAAGAAUACUCCCUUGGUAAAAGAUCACCCUAGAAGUCCGUCCCUUAAAAAUAAUUCUGAACAAAUUGCAGUAAAAUCAACAAAGAGAUCUCCUUUUAUAGCUACUAUAACCAAAGCCAGGAAAGCAGAAAUUGUGAGCUUUCCAAAACCAAAUUUUAAAAACAUUAAGCCAAAAGUUGUAUCCAGGCCUGUGUCACAAUGUAAGGACAGUGCUGCUCUAAAAAUAAGUCCAAGAUCUCCGCAACUAUCUACUGCUUCCUCCUCCUCCUUGUCUUCCUCACCAAAGCAACCAUCCUUUUUGUUUGCAUCACUGAGGAAAAAAAAGGACUUGGAUAAAGGCACCAAAGCAGAAACCCCUAUGAAUAAGACUCAUAAGCAACAUUUUAAUAAACAGCUUCCUAGCCAAGGUGUGCAUGCUACAACUUAUUCUGAAAAUGUUUCUCAGAAGAGUCCAAAACCAGUGUUAAAGCAGAAUGUGGAUCAGGUUGAGAAAGCAAAGCAUCUUAGUCAAUCAUGCUUCCCUAUGGCUUUAAUGAGCUCCCAGAACUAUGGUGGGUCACCAAGUGAAGGGAUGGACAAUGCAGAAACUUUGAUUCAGCCUUGGGCUGUGAGUAGCUGCCAGAGAGCUCUAGAAAACAAGCAUUCAAAUGAUUGUACGGGAAUUCCAAGUGAGGCAUCUACCCAAGAAGUUACAAACAAUGGCCAUGGACUAGUGCAAUUUUGUUCGGCUUCUUUGUCUAAAACAGACAUCGCACAAGGACAAGAUUUUCCUAAAAGUAGUCCUGUUCCUGUAAGGAAUGUACCACCAUCUAAAAUGGCAUUCCCUUCUAGGAGAGGAAGUGACAAUAAAAAUACUCACGUGACCAAACUUUCAUCUCCUCAAAGACACAUUUUAUCAUCAAACUCUGGUGAGAAACAUUUGUCUAUUAUCAUUCUUGUGCAGAAUGUAUGA